AUGGCAUGUAAUAAAGGGCAACAUGUGAGGAAGGCGAAGAAGAAGCAGGUGAAAGAUGAGUUGGAUCGUCUGAAACAGGCGGAGAAGAAGAAGAGGCGCUUGGAAAAAGCGCUUGCUACUUCUGCAGCCAUUAUUUCUGAACUGGAGAAAAAGAAACAGAAAAAGAAAGAAGAGCAGCAGAGACUCGACGAAGAGGGUGCUGCUAUAGCUGAGGCUGUUGCUCUGCAUGUUUUGCUCGGCGAAGACUCAGACGAUUCGUGUAAGGUUGUGAUCGAUGACAGUGGGUGCAAGACCUGGAACUGCAACCGAAAUCUGGGCAUCUCUGUGGGUGGAGAAAGUGCUUGCAUCCCUCAUCUAGAUGGUGGAAGAUGGUCUUUUGAAAGAGUGGGUUGGGUCUCUGAUGCAUACAGAUAUGGUUGCAAGUGGGGUGCUGGUGAAAAUGGUGAAUGGUCAUUCUCAUCAGACCCUUUUGAGAAGAACGUGCAUGAACCACUAUAUGAAGGUGCAGGAUGGGGACCUGCAGGUUUCUCUGCUGAUCUCAUAGCAGCACAAGCAGUUUCAGCACUGCAGAUUGCCGAGGAGGCAGAUGAAGAUAGGAUUCUGUUUUAA